UCCAGAUACCGAUUACACUAUGGAUACCGAAGAUUUAGAAGAAGACCCGGAAACGAACUAUAUUCUCAAGCUUCUAGAAGAGAAUGACAGACCCAUCGAAGGUUACGAGUACAAACUAGUUAAGAAAAAGAGCAACCACUUGGGCCCAGUGGACAUUAAUAGGAAGGAGUCAGCUUUUCGCGAAAGGAGCCAUCAUUCCGACAACGAUAGACUACGGGAUCUGUUCACGGAUAGGAAUGAUGUUGAGAACCCUAAGGAGGUACAGCAAGUUCGCGCUGAAAACGAUGCUGAAUACGCCAUACUACUAGGCCAGCUGUGGUCAAAGUACAAAAACAAUAAGCAACAUAACACAGAAGGAGCUCCACAAGGAGUCGUUAAACUAUACAAAGAAAAGAUUGUCAAAAAACGAUACCCAGAUAAUUGGGGCCCUAUUGCGUUUAAGAAAAAGAGAAGUCCUGAAGCUGAAUACGAACGCUCCGGGAUGGCAAAUUAUGACGACUCUAAAGUCUUACCAGGACCUGUCGAUCUCAAUAACUUCAACGUCUACGACCAGCCUGAUGAUGAUAAUGAUGACUUGCGAGAAGAAUACGCAAUCGCUUUUCAACCUUUAGAUGAUGACAGUCUAUCGGAUUUGGCGGAUGACGACCAAUAUAGGUACGAUGUCAUCGAGAAACGUUUUCCCGUGACCAAGCGGAGCAGUGGACCGUACGACUGGGGUAAACCAAAGACAAAGAAACGCUUUGCCCAAGAUCAGGACAAGCGUGAAGUUUCUAAAAGGUUCAGAAGCAGUUCUGGCACUGAUCCAAAAAUUAUUAGAGAUUUAUCGAAAUUAUUUGGUGAUUCUGAACCAGAGCUUAUUAAGAACCCUGUCAAGAGAAGCAGUGAUCAGCAAGGAAACUCCUAUGAGACCAAACCGCCACAGCUCUCACACAACAUACCAACUCAAAAUCAUACCAACGAACGAUCGAAUGUUUCUACAUCACCCGAUGAUGCUAGUCAUGAACAUCAUCACAAUUUACAUCACCCUGGAAUAUCUGGCAAGGAAGUUGAACAUGUUCACGAUCACGAUCAUAGUGACACUGAAAAACCUAUUACCAUCAAAAAGAAAUCCAUUGACUGGUCCACAUACUUCGGGAUCGAUAAGCGCAAGAAGAAGUCUGUAAUAUUAAAUGAUUUCAAUGAAAAUAAGCUGAGGAAACAAUACUUUGACACGUUCAAUAAAGAAGUGAUGUAUCCUUUAAAUUCCUUUCGAAAACACAGCAAUGUGAAAAGGAACUACGUACAGCGUCCUGAAAAUGAAGAAACAGAAAUACAAAUAGAUAAUGCAAGAGCCAUCGCAGUACGUGACGGUGAUAAGAGGAACACCGCCCAAGAACAGGUGUCUCAAUUAGACAACAUCGAUAAGAAACUAAGACAUAUGGAAGGGAUGAUAGUAGAUGAAGCACUACACUAUUCAAACGUAGAACAACUCGACACCAAGGAAGAACAGGAGAUGAAGGAGAAACUGCUUUCUCGAUUAGCUGCGGCUUACAGCCUGGAGAAGAUGAGAAAGGCCCUGAGAGAGUUCAAGCAAAGCUUGCAAACGCAGAAGCCAGAUAUUCCUAAAGGACCCACGCAUAUGCCAAUAGAAGAGGCGAAAGAGAAGCGUGUAGCCGUCAAGAAAGAGAAAGUAGAUAUCAAUAAUAACGAGAUUCCUCUGUUCAGCAAAGGAGAUGAUAAGGAGGAUGACUUUGAGGAAGAGCAAGGCGCGGGUCACUACUUGAAUGGCAAGAUUGAGAAUCAGUUCUCUGAAGGCUACAUGGGUGGCAGUGGAAGGCAUCGCACACCGGCUGUCACAACAGGUACUGCUACAGGCGCCUGCCCAGUAUUGGCCAAGAUCGUGCAGCGUUGCCGCGGAGUGGACCUUCUAGCCGGAGACCGUGGACAGCUGUUCCUGCCUCUCUGCAGCCUGCAUCAGAUCUGCUAUCUUUGUGGCGAAGCACCUCCAACAACCUGCGACCUAGUAUUCCUCUCCGAGGCCGACACGACUUGUGAAGGCGACACGGGCUGCCAGCGCGCCGCGCGUUCCGCACUGAUGGCACUCCGUGAACUGCACGACAGCCUGGCAGACGAGCUCGACGGCGAAUGCGAGGCCAGCCCCUGUCUCCCGGCCACUCUCAAACUGAACACCGGAUGGCAGCGCGCCUUGCAGCGAAAACAAACCUGUGAGAAAGAAAUAAUGUUAAGUGAUAAAGAAACAAAAGAGAUGAAUGAAACAAGAGAAACUGAUUUAAAUGAUAAGGGAUUUGACAAUCCGGCGGCGACCGAAGAUGACGGGUCAAACUUGAGGCCGGAUUUGGUAAUCAGUGUGCAACCGCGACAAAACGCGUCCCGCGCCGAGCUCCCGGUGUCUACGCUAGAUUGGCGCUCCGCCCCUCGAGGCCAGUUCAUCCCAGUCCAUGGCCUAGAUUUUCUCAUCGGUGUGUCCACGCUACAGAUCCAACAGACGGUGGAGCUGGACGAUUUAAUUUCAAGAGUAGACUCUGAAAACCGCUACAUAGUCCGAGUGCCAAACGGUGAAUCGCUAUACCUGGCCAGCGAGGUGUCAAGCCAGACGCAGCGAUGUUUGUGCGGCUCAGGACGUGCCUUCGUGAUGCAUCUCCAUGACAACACGAGGCAGGAGGCGAUGCAAAUGCAGAGGCGGUUAGCUGCUGCGUCCUGUUGCUUCCCUUGUCGAUUACAGUUUGUCCCUCGUAUCUGCCUCCAGGAAAUGAAAGUGAUAACUCCUCCCGGGGACUACAUCGGUCGCAUACAGCAGCAGUGCACGUGGGUGGUUCCGUUCUACCUGGUGAAAGACGCCAACGACCAGGCCAUCUUCGCUGUUGAGGGCCCGGCGGUCAUGAAGCGGAGUGCGCUCAUGCUUUCAGAGUUUAAGAUAAUGACAGGCGAUUCGCUCCGAGAAGUCGGAAAGAUCGCCCACGGUUGGGACCGCGAGUUGGUCAGCUUCACAACCACGCUCUCGAUACCGCACAACGCGGUCCAGCCGCGGCAUAAGGCGCUGCUGCUGGCGGCUUCAUUUCUGCUGGAAUACACAUAUUUUGAAAGAGCAAAAUCGAGUUGUCUUCGGUGUAAUUGUUUGUAACGGAUUUUUAGGACACAAUCAUUGUAUUUGUAAUAUUUUUUAUACUACU